ACACACUUCCGGGGACGCCGAGCGGGAGAAUCUCCAGGAGGCUCCUCGGUGUGGGCGAGUGAGAUGCCCUGUGUGUGAGAAGCAGGCCCAAAUCAUCACUACUGUGAGUUCAGAUUUGCAUGUGUUUCUUCUAAGCUGAUUAAAACAAUUUCAGAACUCUCAGGUACCUUAAAGGAUGAUGAAAGUGAGGCACAGGGAAACUCUGCAACUGGCCCACCAAGGUCACUCGGCUAAUACGUGAGGAGGUGGGGACUGAAAUCCAGUUUGUCCUCCUGUGUUUCACUUGACUGACAGUACUGCACAAGCCUGCCUGCCAUGGGCUGCCGGGAUGUCCACGCAGCCACCGUCCUUUCCUUCCUGUGUGGAAUCGCCUCGGUAGCAGGUCUCUUUGCAGGGACUAUGCUUCCCAACUGGAGAAAAUUACGACUGAUCACAUUCAACAGAAAUGAGAAGAACCUGACUGUUUACACAGGCCUGUGGGUGAAAUGUGCCCGGUAUGAUGGGAGCAGUGACUGCCUGGUGUAUGACACUACUUGGUACUCAUCAGUUGACCAGCUGGACCUGCGUGUUCUCCAGUUUGCCCUUCCCCUCAGCAUUCUGAUUGCAAUGGGUGCCCUGCUGCUCUGCCUGAUUGGAAUGUGCAACACUGCCUUCAGGUCCUCAGUGCCCAACAUCAAACUGGCCAAGUGCCUGGUCAAUAGUGCAGGUUGCCACCUAGUGGCUGGGCUGCUGUUUUUCCUGGCAGGUAUUGUUUGUCUCUCUCCAUCUAUCUGGGUCAUCUUUUACAAUAUCCAUCUGAACAAGAAGUUUGAGCCAGUAUUUUCAUUUGACUAUGCAGUGUAUGUUACUAUUGCUAGUGCAGGAGGCCUGUUUAUGACUUCCCUUCUGCUGUUUAUUUGGUAUUGUGCAUGCAAAUCUUUGCCUUCUCCCUUCUGGCAACCUCUGUACUCCCAUCCCCCCAGUAUGCAUACUUACUCACAGCCCUAUUCAGCACGUUCUCGCCUCUCUGCCAUUGAAAUUGACAUUCCAGUAGUUUCACAUGCUACCUAAUGAGGAAAUAAUUGUUAAAGAAAACUUCGUGUAGCCUCACAUUCCCUUUGUGCAAAGAGCUCUUUUGGACCAGUAUACGUUUUCCUUUGUUUCCGAUCAGUGAAGCCAAAUUUGUAUGUCCUGGUAGAAUGAAGUGCUGCUAGUUUUUAUAAAGAAGUACAUUAUAUUAAAUGUGAAUUAUUUUAUCUUGCUUCUUAUGCUGGAAGGAUUUUUAGCCUCCAUAUUGAUAUGUGAUCAGUUCUUUAAUUGGAAAGGAUAUGUGCCACAAUUGAGGUGAUUUAGAGUGACAUGUUUAAAGAAUGAUGGUAUAUACAAUCUUUGUGGCUAUUUCAGAGUAUUUUCCUUUUUCUAUAAUACCUUAAACUUGGAAAAAAGGCAAUUUCAAAUGUAAUAAAUUUAUUUCAGAUAAGGUUAAUAUUUUAACAGUAAUCAAUAAUUUAUCUAAAGGCUAUAUAACUUUUUGUACUUCUCUCUUGGAGUUAAUUGUAUGAAUAGGCAUCAGUAUGAUAAAGAUUAUUUUCUUUUGUGAGUUUCUUCUACCUCAUGCCAGUGUUUAAAAAUAAAAUGCAUUUUAAAUGAUAUCAGAAUCAGACUAACAUUCUAAAUACUUGCUUAUGGAUAACAUUUAAUGUAAUUUUUAAAGUUAAUGACUCUAUGAAUUGUACUGUUGGUACUAAAAUGUGUUAUAUGAUAGUUAGUGUUUUCCCUGAGACAGAAAAACCUUUUUUGAGAUAUCUUCAUCAAGCAGUACUCAUGUCUAUAUGUAACCUCUUAGUGGCUAAGAGAAAUAAACAAAAAGGCCAUAAUGGUUUGGUUUUUCUCAGACAUAAAUUGGUCGGGGAUGAGAGCCUUUUCUUUGGUUACAGCAUUAGAGAUUUACUUGGUGAUGGUCUUUGGAGACAUGGGUGAAAUAAGGUAUAGAUUUACCAUGACCACGCCCACUCCUGACUGUGUUCCUACCUUAAUCACUGAUUACUUCCUGAUGUAUCCCUGCUCAGCACUUUAGUAGGUGCCGUAGAAGAUACAUGAAAAUGUGAGAUUUGAUCUCAUGGUGAGAAGAUCACCCUGUUAGGGAAU